AAUGCAGUUUAGAAGAAUCACCAUCAUGCUCACCCUUUCGAACCACCAAAUGCUGCGGUUCACACACAAUGGAUUCCUCAUCGGUGUGCACGGGUGCCACGUCGUCCGACAGGUGUAUCCGCUCAAGUAGAAAACGGCUGAAUGUAUGAGAGGCUUUGCGCGCUGAACCUAAUGGAUCGUGUUGUUGUUGCUGUUAACUUUCAUCCCCUUACGAGGCAUGCACCGCUCUUAUUGCCAAGCCUUAUUCCCCAGUAUAGGUUAACCAUUUCUAACUGUUACAUGAAGAACGUUCUCCAAUAUCUACGGUUGAAAGGGCACCCGGUAGUACUUAGGACACGCAAUCGGUGCUCAGUCAACAGGCUGUCUGAUAUGAAGGAACGAGGAAAAGCCGCGGCAGAGUGUCAGGGACGUCAAUCUGCGACCGAACUCCUUUCCGGAUUCGUCGUUCACGCCACGAUCGAUUCAACGAAGUCUACGCUGCCUGGAAAGACCUAAAUCAUCGUGAAAAUCCUCCGUCAAGGGACAUUUUCUCCUACUCUUUCGCGAUGGUCUCGUCUCAAGCCGUUUCGACAGCUGCUGAAGAAGGUUUGCCGCAAUUUGUCGCGGUCGUUUAUAACGACAAAAACCAGAAGACAGACUAUACAUGCAAUUUGUUAGAUUUCUCUUAUUUCCUGCAUUACUGCGACCGGACGGAAAUUGUAAUGGGUCUGCAAGAUAAAGUCGUCCGUCGUUCUGUCCGCGGAAAAUCGAAAGCACCCGCGUUUCACGCUCGAACUACCACAUCGAUUUCGUCGAAGCUGACGUCUCGGAGCGCGUGCUCGGUUUCUUUAAAAUUA